UUUCAAAAAAAAAAAAAACAAAUUGAGAAGCAGAAGUUUUGCCAACGUAACCAUAAUAAACUCCCUUCAAAAAAUCCCAUUCUUAGUUUUUCACCAACUACCUCUACACUUUUCCGCCAUAACCAUUUUCUUAUCCUCUACACUCUCACUCUUUCUCUCUCCUCACCUCCCAAGAUGGGCCUAAAAACGGUGUUGGGCUGGAUUCUACUUGCACUAGCCAUCUACUGUGGGCUUGACCCGUUUAAUCACAGUGCGAUAUAUGGGUUCCCAAACUUCGUAUCACUCGAGGUAAAACUACCUGAUUCUUCCAUAAUCCCUGCUAAUGAAGACCCGCAAAAUCUUCUGCAGAAUUCGGAUGUUAAGUUUGUGGGCCAAAUACAAGGACCCGAAAGCCUUGCUUUUGACCCGCUUGGUCGAGGCCCAUAUACUGGUAUUGCUGAUGGUCGUAUUGUCUUCUGGGAUGGCCAUAAUUGGACUGAUUUUGCCUUUACUUCUGCUAAUCGGUCAGAAUGUGAUCCACAACCAAGUCCAUUGGCUUACAUGAAGAACGAACAUAUAUGUGGUAGACCACUAGGCCUUAGAUUCGACAAGAAAACUGGUGAUCUAUACAUUGCCGAUGCAUAUUUUGGAUUGAUGAAAGUAGGACCGGAAGGAGGUGUGGCAACAUCACUUGCAACUGAAGCAGGAGGAGUCCCUUUAAUAUUUACAAAUGACUUGGAUAUUGAUGCGGAGGGAAAUGUAUAUUUUACUGAUAGCAGUGCUCAGUACCAGAGGAGAAAUUUCAUGCAGUUGGCUUUCUCUGGAGAGGAUGGUGGCAGGGUCUUGAAAUAUGAUCCAGUUACAAAGCAGACUACUGUUCUCCUGAACAACAUCCAAUUUCCAAAUGGCAUCACAUUGAGCAAGGAUGGCUCUUUCUUUCUCGUUUGCGAAGGUUCCCUUGGCAGGCUUCGCAGAUAUUGGUUGAAAGGUGAAAAGGCUGGAACCUCAGAAGUAUUUGCGAUUCUGCCAGGAUUUCCAGACAACAUUAGGACCAACAAAGAUGGGGAUUUUUGGGUGGCAUUGCACUGUCGACGCAAUUUGGCAAACUACGUGUUGGCAACAUGGCCAAAAUUUCGAGAUUUUGUGCUUAGACUCCCGAUCAAAGCUAAGUAUCAGUUCUUGAUCUUCAUUGGAGGUUGGCCUCAUGGAGCCAUACUCAAGUAUAGCCCUGAAGGCGAGCUCCUACAAAUCUUGGAGGAUCGCCCCGGUAAAGUGGUGAAGGCAGUGAGUGAAGUCGAGGAGCAUGAUGGGAGACUCUGGAUCGGCAGUGUCUUGAUGCCUUUUGUCGCAGUUUAUGACUUGGGUUCGACUACAAGCUGAGAGCCAAUCUGCUUGUCAGACACUGCUCUCAAAACUGUUGAAUAGGUUAUACAAAGUUCUAGGAUAGGAAAACUGAUUGCUUCUUUUUCUUUUCUUGUGUUUGAUAAUGUAUUAUACUGUUCUUGGUUUUUUCGAACGAUCAAUAAUCAAUAAUCAAUUCUCAAUCCUUUCAGAAAAGAGGAAAAGAAAACAUUGAUUUCAA